GUCGGUCAACCCAAGGGGAGGACUAUGCAAAAUUGUUUUCAACCUUGACGAAAGGAAUGGAAAGGAAGGAUGAAGCAGAAGAAGCUAAGAGCAAAGUUUCUGUGAUCGAAACAUGGCUGAGAAAGCACCGUUUGCUCUACGUUGGAGCCACCAGGCACCCUUUUAUCCAUAGCAUUCGAGAUGGCUCUGUAGAUAUCUCUUCAUUCAAGAGAUGGCUGGAGCAAGACUACAUAUUUGUUAGAGCAUUUGUCCCUUUUGUUGCGACUGUCUUGGUUAAGGCCUGGAAGGAGUCCUUUGAUGCCACUGAUAUGGACGUCAUUUUGAGUGGCAUGGCUUCUCUCAAUGAUGAAUUUGCUUGGUUCAACAAAGAGGCUUCAAAGUGGGGUGUUUCACUCACAAAUGUUGUUCCUCAGAAGGCAAACCUUGAUUACUGCAGAUUUCUGGAAAGUCUAAUGAGCUCUGAAGUUGAAUACACCGUGGCUAUUACAGCUUUUUGGGCUAUUGAAACUGUUUAUCAAGACAGCUUUGCACACUGCCUGGAAGAUGGUUCGAAUACUCCAGAAGAAUUAAGAGAUACCUGCCAGAGAUGGGGGAAUGAUGGCUUUGGUCAAUAUUGCCGUGCGCUCCAAAGCAUAGCCGAGCAUCAUCUAGAGAAGGCAUCUGAUGAUGUUCGUAAAAGAACCGAGGCAGCAGUGCUAGAUGUUCUUGAAUAUGAAGUUGCCUUUUGGAACAUGAGCCAAGGGGAUACCUGAAUGCUUUGGGUUGAUAUCUCUCCCAGUGCCUGGGCAUGUUAGACAAUGUAGGUGAUGCACCUUUGAGUGACUCUAGCAGGAUUGUGUAUAUUAACGUUUAAUAAAUUGCCCAGAGUUUGAUUUUCUACACAUCUUGAUUUCAGCAUCCUCCAGUAUCUGUAGAACUAAGUCUGCGCAUUAUCAUUUUCUGCUGCUAUCCAUCUAAAGAUGACUGUUAUCCAAGUUAGGAGGGCUUCUGCCUCUGAUUAGUGAUGCAAAUUAAUUCCUUUUUUCCAA